UUCGACCAACAUGGCGGCUGCUAGGGGAUGGAGAAAACCUAAUAUUUUAAUCACUGGAACACCAGGGACAGGAAAAACGGUUCUGGGAAUGGAAUUAUCGAAAAGAACAGAAAUGAAUUAUGUGAAUGUUGGAGACUUAGCGAAAGAAAACAAUUUUUAUGAGGGUUGGGACGAGGAAAGAGAUUGCCAUGUGAUUGAUGAAGAUCGUGUUUUGGAUGAGCUAGAAGAUAUAAUGGGUGAAGGUGGAAACAUAAUUGAUUAUCAUGCUUGUGAGUUCUUUCCUGAACGAUGGUUUGAUAUAGUGUUUGUUUUAAGGACAGAUAAUACUGUUCUGUACAACAGAUUAGAGAAAAGGGAGUAUUCAGAGAAAAAAAUUCAAGAAAAUGUUGAAUGUGAGAUUUUUCAAAGUAUUCUUGAGGAAGCAAGAGAAAGUUAUUCAACAGACAUUGUUCACGAGUGUGUUAGUAAUACACCAGAGGAAAUGGAAAGAAACUUGGAUAACAUUCAGAGAUGGUUGCAAGAAUGGCCUGGUUUAUAGAUUGCUGUCCCUUGCUGUUUACUGAUGCUAUAAAGAGAUUUCAAGUUUGGCCAUGUGGUCUGACAAAUUAUUUUUUAGUCAUGAGGCAGAGGAAGGAGAAACAUAAAUCAAUGGGAUGGCCCUCGACACAAACAGUGUUUAAAGGCCUAUCCAGUGUUAAGAAAUGCUUUGGGCUUAAGUGUAAGAUACUGACACAGAACUACAAUUAACAAGCAAAUUAUCAUGAUCAGUACAUAAGUGUUGAUCACACUUAAAUCUACUAUAUAUACAAGAAACACUUUAAAAUGUUGUUUACUAUUGACAUAAACUGCGAUACUUUGAUUACUUUUACACUUGCUACUCUACUACUACGGUACAAGCUUCUACCUCAAUACCGAAUUGAAACUUUAUACAUAGGUAAAAUAUAUGGCAACAUUUGUUCAUCUCAUAUGCUCAACAUUGAAAGUUGCUUCAUACCAUUCAAUUCAGUCUAUUUUUAAAAAGCAUGCAGAAUUCUGUGCUAAUAAGGCCAUAAAAUGUUAAGAUAAAUAAAUAUAUAAUUAGUACUGAUUUAGCCUAAUAAGUUAGCCAAAUGUGAUUGAAGAACCACCACCUGGGGCUUUCAGUACUUUUGAACUAGUGUGCACCAUUGCUGGCUCAUUAGUUGGUUUGUCAAAAAUAUGAGAUUCCUGACGCUUAGCUUGACAAGGGUUAACCUUCACGUUUGCUUCAGCACUUUCAAAAACAUGUGACUGUUGUCGU